GAGCUUCUGGCUGCAGGACAGACUACAGGACAUCGCCUCGGCCGUGGGGACAGACACUUUGUGAAGCAGAGGAUCAGAAAGUAGUGUGUGAGGAGCUAAAUAAGAGCUACUGAACUCUUCAACUUGAAUGAUCAUUUGACAGCUGUUCAUUGCAAGGAUGGAUGAGUUACAGGAUGUGGAGCCGACGGAGAUUAAGCCCCUUCUGACAGACAAAAAUGCCCGAAACUUUCAGGAUUUCGACUGUCAUGAGCAUGACAUUGAGUCCCCCCACGGUGUUCUCCAUGUCACUAUGAGAGGAACACCUAAAGGCAACCGGCCCGUGAUCCUUACAUACCAUGACAUAGGCCUUAACCAUAAGUCAUGCUUCAACACUCUUUUUAACUUUGAGGACAUGCAGGAAAUCACACAGUAUUUUGCCGUGGCUCAUGUGGAUGCUCCAGGUCAGCAGGAGAACGCAGCACCUUUCCCCACUGGGUAUCAGUACCCUACGAUGGAUCAGCUAGCUGAGAUGCUGCCCUCAGUCAUGACCCACUUAAAGAUCAAUAGUGUGAUUGGGAUUGGUGUUGGUGCUGGAGCCCACAUUCUCACCAGACUGGCGCUGAAUCAGCCUACACUGGCCUACACUGCCUCAAAGUUGUCAGGAUGGACCAGCAAAACUCGAGUUCAUUUACAGAUAGUUCAUCAUCAGCGUUUAUGGGCAAAGUUGUCAGGAUGGACCAGCAACCUGGUGGACAUUGUGAUGGGGCAUCAUUUCAGCACAGAUGAGCUGACAGAAAACCAGGAGAUCAUUCAGACAUACCGUCUGCACAUCGCUCAGGACAUGAACCAGGACAACCUUCAACUGUUCUGCAACUCCUACAACAGACGCCGAGAUCUUGAGAUCGAGAGGCCCGUCAUAGGGCUUGAUGAGGAAACUGUAAACACUCUGAAGUGUCCUGCGUUGCUAAUUGUUGGUGAUACCUCUCCAGCUGUGGAGGCCGUUGUUGAGUGUAACUCGAGGUUAAACCCCACAAAGACCACCCUUCUGAAGAUGGCAGAUUGUGGUGGCCUACCCCAAGUUGUACAACCUGGUAAACUUGCUGAGGCCUUCAAGUACUUUGUCCAGGGCAUGGGUUACAUGCCCACUGCCAGUAUGACACGCUUGGCACACUUUCGUACGCACUCAGCUUCCAGCAUGAACUCUGUGGAUGGCACACGUAGCCGCACUCACAUUAACUCUCAGCUGUAUGGCGCUGCUGUCAGCCCAGGUCCUGAGUGCAAAGCCAGACCACAAACCAUGGAGUCAGUCAGGUCCUGAUAUUCGGAUGGAUAAAAGUCAGG